GCACCGACUGUUCCAUUGACUUCUAUACAUUCAACCAUACUUGACUCUCGAGCUUCUUACCGCUCUCAUUCAAAUAAGAAUUGUAAUUCUUAUUCUUCUUUUUCUCGAAGAAAUUUCGAACAAAGAAUUACGACUAUUAAAAAUCAAGAAACAUUACCUCGUUAUCAAAUUUCAAAUAGCAUUUAUUUUGAAAAAAAAUUCCCUCGACAAUCUGUUUAUUCUCGCAAAUCACAAUGGUUUCGCAAAGCAUUUAUAAUAUUCAUAAUAGGAUUUAUAGGAUUAUACUUAAUAUAUUCCUGGUUAACAUUUAAGGAUUUAUCAAAUUAUUUUUUAAUAACUCCUCAAGUUGCACAUAUAAACGGACAAAUUUUAUUAUAUCGUAUUCUUGGUAACGAUCUUCCACCACGUCAUAAAACUGGACAAACAUUAAAAAAUUUAAGAUUUAUAUUAGAACAUGAAUCAGACUUUUUAAACACAAAAAAAUGGUGGAUACUUAAUAGAAUUGUAAAUUCUGAAUAUGAAGAUGCUAUAAUUAAUCUCUUAAAAUUACAUAAUCAAGAUUAUAUUAGAAUACCUUUUAAUGAACAAGAAUAUUUAAAAUGUGAUUUUCGUCUUGAAGAUUUUCCUGAACCUGAUUUUUUUCAUUCAAAUGAUUUCAUGAAUUUUUCAAAAGUUAGUAAAUUGAGGGCAAUAGAUUAUAGUUAUCAUGAAAAAAAUUUAUAUGCCAUAAAUAAUAAUGGUGGUAGAAAUGCGGCUCUCGCUCAUGGUAAAUCACAACAAAAUGUUAGUUGGAUUUUACCUUUUGAUGGAAAUUGUUUUUUAACUCCCAAUUCGUUUGCUGAUAUUCGAACUCAAUUAAAUAAAUGGGGUGAUCGAUAUAAAUAUUUUAUUGUACCAAUGGCAAGGUUGUUAAAUAACUCACAAUUAUUAGAUGGAUUGGAUACUCGACCUCUUGCUCCUGAAGAACCUCAAAUUAUCUUUCGUUAUGAUUAUAAUAAAACUUUUAACGAAAAUAUGCGUUAUGGUAGAAGGUCAAAAUUGGAUAUGUUAUGGCGUUUAGGUGUCCCAUCUACUAGCAGAAAUGCUAAUAAAUCAUCUGCUCCAUGGGAACCAAGUUAUGAUCCUUACAAAGUUGUGGAAAAAGACCAAUAUAAAUCAAUUGGUUGGGUUUUUCGUUUAUUCUCUGGUCAAGCAUCACAAGAAUUAAAUCAGAGAGAAUCUAGUGCAUUACGUUCGUUUAAUCGUUUAUUGGCUGUUCAAGAAUUGAUAGAUGGUAUAGAUGAACGAAUUGCACGAAAAGUUCAAGGCUUCGACCCUUUUAGACUACUACUUUAUGAUGAAAAGUUGCUAAAUAAUGCAAGAUUAAAUUAUUGGUUAGAAGUCCCUGAGGUUGUUGAAAUAGUUCAAGUGUUGAUCAAGCGUGCUGACGAGAUGUUAUCAAUUACAACUAAUUUAUUUAAAUCGGACCAUCGUGAUGUUCAAGAUACUUUUGCAAAUUUCUUGAAAACAAAUGAUUACAAUUUAUAUAAUCAACAUAUUGAUUCUGUUGAUGAUAUUCAAAAUUUACAUCUUGAUAUCACUAAUAAGGAUUACUUUGAAAAAUUCUUUACACCAGACUCUUUUUUCGAAAAUAUAACGACUUUAACUUUGGCUCAUUAUUUUUCGGGUAAUGAAAAAUAUGCGAAAUGGGCUGGGAACUUAAUUCAAACUUUUAUUCUUUCUUCUUACAAUAUUGGAGACCAUGAAAAUUUAGAAUCUCCCUAUCUUACCGGUAACUCUGAAUCUGAUUCUAUUAAUUCCGAAGGUUAUAGUUUUCCAAAUAUAAAUACAAUUCCACGAAUCAUUCCAAAAUUUUUAAAAGUUGGCACAUCAUCAUUCUUGAACAAUAUAACAGAUUCAGAUCCUAGCUUUUUCUUAGAUGCUUGUAGACUUCUUUAUCGUACGAAUAUACUUACACGUAAAGAAUAUACGAAACUUCGAUUAUUUGCAUCUGAAUGGUUAGAGACUCUUAUAAAUUCUUCAGAAUACAUUAAAAUUGCAAAUAAUUCUGAUCAUCGUAGUGUUAUAUAUGAUUUUCGAGUAUUAUCAUUGGCAGCAUUUGUUGACGAUUUAAGACUUUAUCUUCGAAUAGUUAAUCGUGUUCGAAUGAGAAUUGGAAAACAAUUUUAUAUUUCAAAUAAUACUUCAACGAAUGAGAUGAAACAAAUUUAUGAAAUAAAUUAUGUUCAGAAUUUACUUGAUACUAAUGAGAUUAAACCGUCAGAUUACGAUGAAAACAUUUUCCGAUAUACAACUUUAAAUUUACAAUAUUGGUUAUUACUUAUAAGAAGUACACAAAAUGGGCUUUGUGGACCAGAUAUAUGGCAAUAUACAGCUAAAGGAGGCCAAAGAAUUAGUAAGGCGAGUAUAGAACAUUUAAAAAGGUAUUCUAAUAGAAUGCAUGAUAUAUCUUUGGUACAUAUAGCAAAGAAUGCUUAUAUGAUUAACAAAUCCAAACGAUGCACGCGACAAGAAUCAAAAUAUGAACUUGAAUACUUACAGAACCUAGAAAAUAUUGGUAAUAUAAGAGACAUUAUUCCAAGUAAUCUAAUAGAUGACGAAAAUUUAAAUACAAGAAUUGGGUUAGGGAAUGAAGCAAGGCAAAGAGGUUUACCACCUUUUUGGAUACUUGGUGUUGCGUAA